UUUGAUUUGGCGUUAGUCAAGCUCUAGAUCUAGAAGUACCCAACUGAAAAUAUGCUGAAAACUAUAUUAAAAAAUAUGUGUUCAAAAAGUACACAAUUAGUUUGGUUCAGUUCCCAAAAUGUAAACAAAAAUAUCAACGAAAAUUCUGCAUUUAAAACCGAAUGUAAACCAGUUGACUUGUCCUUUGAAACCAACAAAAUGUUCGCCGCACUUCCUUCUAUUUGCGAGGAAAUUGUUGAUGAACAACUCAUUUAUCACCAAGCAUAUCCAGAAAUUCGAGAAAGAUAUUCCAAUCUUUUACAGUAUACUGUCAACAUAGAUCAACCAAGGUAUAGUGGUAAGGGAAUAUUUUUUCUGCAUGCCUACAGAAUGUUGGAGAAGCCUUCAAUUCUUACAGAUGAUAAUCUCAAAAAAGCUUGCGUGCUUGGGUGGUGCCAGAGAAUGAUGGACGUUAGUAUCAUUAUCAACGACGACAUUUUGGAUGUCUCAGACUGGAGGUACAAUAAACCAGCGUGGCAUUCCCUUGAAAAUAUUGGACGGAACAAGGCAAUCUUAGACGCAACUUUUGUGGAAUCAUCCGUAUGGUACCUUUUAAUAAAUCAUCUCAAAUCUCAUAAGUUCUUUGCUGAUAUUCUGAAACAAGUUCUGAUGUCGUAUACUAUAACCAAUUUAACUCAGUGUUUAGAACUAACAAAAUAUGACGUUAAAGAAUUGGAAAAGUAUGCCUAUUCUGCAAGAGGAUAUGGUUUCACCUCACCGAUAUUAAGAACUGCUUUAUAUUUGGCUAAUAUUGACGAUAAGGAUGCACACGACUUUUCACAAAAAAUAUCUAAUGAAUUGUCAUAUUUCAUGAGAUGCGAGGAUGAUUUCAAUGGAGUGUUUAACCCUAUGUCAGACAUACAGAAGUCAUGUACUGAUAUUUCAGAAGGAAAAAUUUCGUGGUUAGCAAUUCAAGCAUAUCAGAGAAGUAGCCCGGCUCAAAAGACCAUACUUGAACAACAUUAUGGUAAAGCAAAUAAAGAAUCAGUAAGCAACUGCUAUGAGUUAUUCCAAGAACUCAAACUGAAUGAAGUUUUUACAAAAUAUAGGGAAGAUUUCUACAAUCAUAUUUAUUUAAGUGUUCAGAAAAGUAUGCCAAAAAAGUUACCCAAGGAAUUGUAUUUGAAUUUUUUAAAUUUUUGUAUGACUGGUGCUCUGAGAGUUUAAUAUAAAUCAAGAUUAUAUUAAAAUUUUACAUUUUAACACGUUCGGUGCCCAUCUUGAACAAGGUUCACUUGGCUGGUACCACGUACUUAAAUCGUUCAUUUAGUAACACAGUACUACUGAGGCAACUCGUGCGUCGUAAGUACCCUCGAUAAAACCGUUGUGACGCUACUAAUGCGUCAUGAGCACCAAACCUGUUAAAAUAAAGCAAAUGUGGCUGUCUCGACAUUUCACAAUUUCGUGUAAAAUGUAGGACCAUACGUGCUAAAAUAUACAUAUGUUUUUCUAUGGAUGCUAUAAAAUGUGCAACUUCUCUCACUACUUACAUACAUGCAAAACGAAAUAUUUCUCACGUAGUGAGAAAAGUCGGCCAUUGCAGUGAGAAAUAAUUUUUCUCACCGGUUUUCCGCCGAUUUCCAUACAUAUGAUCGCGGUUUCCAUGGUAACAAGCACAAUAUAAACACAAUUAUUUUUGUCAAACAAAAUGUGUUGAAGAAAAACUUACCAGGAAUUACCUUUCAAAACUAUUCAAAUAUGACUGUUAAUAAUUUUAAAUACAUGAAGUAUAAAUAUUAAGAAUAUUAAAUACCUACAUAUGUG